AACAGAUUUGCCUCACUCCUUCGCCUACACCUCCUUCUCCUUCCUUCACCAAACAAAAACAACGAAGAAAAACAAAAAUUACAGAACAGAUCAUCCCCCAGAAGCACCAACAGAACAGCAGCCUCAUCUCCUCCGCUGCUUCCCUUCUUCUCCUGCCUCUACCGAACAAAAGCAGUAGCAGAAAUCAGAAUUGGGCCUCAUCUCCUCUGCAACAGCUCACCUUUUCAAUUUUACAUGUGUAUUUUUAGUUGACCGAUUUGAUCUCGAGUGAACCGAUUCAACCAAUUGAACUGUACCCAGUGGCCAAAACGGAUCAACCACCGGCCCGGCCCAAAAACACUGCUUCCAUAUCCUCAUUUUGACGAAAACGGAGGAAUUGGCAAGUCUGGGAAUGAGCAGAGGAAUGAUUUCACAAGUUUUUCUCUUACUGUUUUCUUCUUGUUUGCAGUUUGGCUCUUCAGCAGACACCAUAACUCCAUCAAAAUCUAUCAAAUAUCCAGAAUCCAUAGUCUCCAAUGGCAGCAAGUUCCAACUGGGAUUCUUCAGCCCUGCUAAUUCUACUGAUCUUUAUGUGGGCAUAUGGUACAACGGUAUUGACCCUGUAAAAGGCGUCAUAUGGGUAGCCAACAGGGAGAAGCCUCUGAAGGACUCCUCCGGAACGAUGAUGAUAUCUGAGGAUGGCAAUCUUGUAGUUGUGAAUGGGCAGAAGGAGGUUCUUUGGUCAUCCAAUGUUGAAAAGCUGAAAGGUUAUAAUACAAUUGCUAGGCUUCUAGACCUUGGAAACGUGGUCUUGCUGGAUAAAACCACUGACAUGAAAAUGUGGGAGAGUUUCCAACAACCUUCUAAUGUUCUCAUGCCAACAAUGAAGCUCGGUGUAGAUUUAAGAACUGGUAAGAAAAUCCAGGGAACAUCCUGGAAAAGCCCUACUGAUCCAUCCGUUGGUAACUUCUCUGUUGGAAUCGAGCCGUCCGGCGUACCUCAAACCUUCGUGUGGAAAAAUUCUCAGCCAUAUUGGCGGAGUGGCCAGUGGAAUGGUGAGGUAUUUGUUGGAAUAGAAUAUAUGACAUAUUCCGAUCUUCGUAUGUUUAGCCUUGAUAUUGAUCAAGGAAAAACCUUUUAUCUUUCUUAUACUACUAGUCCUGACAAAUUUUUGUUAGACUUUUUCAUGGAUCCAGAAGGAAAAAUAAUUGAACGAUUAUGGAAUUGGACUGAUUACUGGGAAGACACUAAGAUUUUAUGGUCUAAUGUACAAAACGAAUGCGAUGUUUAUGGCAAGUGUGGGCCAUUUGGAAGUUGUGAUUCUCAGAAUCCAACAAUUUGCAGCUGUUUGAGAGGGUUUGAACCCAAGAAUAGAGAGGAAUGGAACAGAGGAAUUUGGACUGGUGGUUGCAUUAGGAGUACAACACUGCAGUGCAAUAGAAAAAACAGCGGCAGAGAAGUAGGCAAGGAGGAUGGGUUUUUGAAGCUAGAGAUGAUGAAAGUGCCAGAUUUUGCACAGCGGUGGCCAUCAAACACUGAAGACGAAUGCAGAAACCGGUGCCUGAAUUGUUGUUCAUGUAUUGCUUGUGCAUAUGAUGUCAGUAUAGGCUGUAUGUCAUGGAAUGGAACCUUGAUUGACAUUCAGAAGUUCUCCGGUGGUGGGAUGGAUCUUUACAUUCGUUUGGCAUACUCAGAACUUGAACAAAAGAAAGAUGUAAAAUUAAAAAUCAUAAUAACAACGGUGAUCGUAGGAACCAUCAUCUUUUGCAUCUGCACAUUGUUCAUAAGAGGGUGGAUUGUGCCUAAAGGAAAAGCAUGGAAAGAGAAGACUGAAGAAAUGUUGUUUGGUAGAAGGAAAACCAGCACAAGUGAAGUUAAACUCCAAGAGUUACCACUACUUAAAUUUGAGGAACUGGCAACUGCAACUAAAACCUUUAAUCUUGCAAAUCAGCUAGGGCAGGGAGGUUUUGGUCCGGUAUACAGGGGAACAUUACAAAAUGGGCAAGAAAUAGCAGUUAAAAGACUGUCUAGCACAUCAGGACAAGGAUUAGAAGAAUUUCUGAAUGAAGUAUUUGUCAUUUCCAAGCUCCAACACCGAAAUCUCGUAAGGCUUCUAGGCUGCUGUGUGGAGCAAGAGGAGAAGAUUUUGGUCUACGAAUUCAUGCCAAACAAAAGCUUGGACACCUAUUUGUUUGAUCCUAUCAGAAAAGAGUUCUUAGAUUGGAGAAAACGAUUCAAUAUCAUUGAAGGAAUUAGCCGAGGUCUCCUUUAUCUUCACAGUGAUUCUAGACUACGGAUUAUUCAUAGAGAUCUAAAAGCAAGUAACAUCUUGUUGGAUGAAGAGUUGAAUCCAAAAAUUUCAGACUUUGGAAUGGCUAGGAUUUUCAGAGGAGAUAAUGAAAAUGAAGCCAAUACUAGAAGGGUCGUUGGGACAUAUGGCUAUAUGUCCCCUGAAUAUGCAAUGGUAGGAUUAUUUUCAGAGAAAUCUGAUAUAUUCAGCUAUGGUGUAUUAUUGCUAGAGAUUGUUAGUGGGAGAAGAAACACAAGUUUUGGUAAUGAUGAGGAUACUUCAAGCCUUCUGGAAUAUGCUUGGAAAUUGUGGAAUGAAGACAACGUUUUGGCAAUGGUAGAUAAGUUGGUUUGCGAUCCAUGCCACCGUAGAGAGAUUCUAAGAUGCAUACAUGUGGGAUUGUUGUGUGUGCAAGAAAUGGCAAAAGAUAGACCAACAAUGUCCACAGUCAUUUCAAUGCUCAACAGUGAGAUUGUGGAUCUCCCUUCUCCAAAACAACCAGCUUUCAUUCUAAAACAGAUUAUGACAAAUGUAGAGUUCUCCUAUCAGCAUGGUCAACAGAGAUGUUCUAUAAACAAUGUGACUAUAACAAAUGUUCAAGGUCGAUGAGAAGCAAGUCCUUAAGAUGAGCAAUUCCUACUGCAUAGCAAUUUCUUGAUAGUAUUAGUCCUUAAGAUGAGCAAAUUGAGUUGAAACAGUUAUAUAACCGCGGUUGAAAGACCGAAAAAAUUAGAGUAGCAGUA